CAUCACUGUCUCUUCCAUCAGAUCAUCGGAUUCGGUUCUCCAGAAAGUUCUCUCUCACUCUUGCUCUCAGUUAUUUCUCCUUUGCAAUCCCCUUUGCCUUUUUUCCCCCUGGUGGAAAGUGAAUCAAAAAACACACUUGCAUUCUUAGGAUCUGGGUCACUCAGGGUGGCCUAGAGAGUAGACUCAUGUGCUCUGAAUUUCUGGGCCAAUAACAUUCAUGUUGACUAACUGCCCUGCAAGAUCUUUAAAGGAGAGAUAGAAAAAGGGCUUUGGAGAGAGAAGAAUAUUAAACAGGAAAAUCUGGCCAGUCGUGAAAGGUGCCAUAGGCAAAAAGUCCAGUAUUUAAUUCUACUAUGUUUACACUUCAGAAGAAGAAACGAAAAGCAUUCAAUAACACAUAAGGUGCCCUUUUUUCCCCUAUGUGUGGUCAAAGUUGAAAGAAAAGAAAGGAAUUUGAAAAAGGAGGUACAGAAAAAGGGUUUGGAGAUUGUGAAGAAUGAGAAAGGAAAGCAGAAGAGCUGUGAAGAGAGGCUGGAAGAAGAAUGCCCAGUGGGGACCCAGUCACGGCCCAAGGCACAGGGGAAGGGUGUCAGAGAGGGGAGGAGAGGAAACAUCCAGAACAGAACAGACAGAGCAGAGGGAGGGAGAGCACAAACGAACAAGUGGAAGACAGUUCUUAGGGAAAGGCAGAAAGAGGAAGGAAGAACAAAAGGCAGCAAGUCUCACCCAGUCCUCCAUGUCGGCAGCUGAACCUCCAUAAGGCAGGUGGAUGCACCUGAUGACAUGUGAAGACCCACAACCCUAAAGACAAUGACUUUUAGUACAAAGGACGCCAUUCCUGUCCUAGGCGUUCCCCUGCUUAAUGGGGGUUCCCACGAAACAGUAGACUGAAAAACUACACCAAGAUCUGAACUCUGAGAGGGUCAAACUUUGAUAGGCUGCCUGUUUGGAGGAUUCCUCAUGUACCCUUCCUCCCCACUCUCUACUCCACCUGCAGCUACACUUAUGCAAAAUGAGGAACUAUAACAGAGUCGUUUUCUGUAGAUCUCCUAAAGCAUCUCUUCUUUGUUGUUGCAAAGCCAUACUUUGUCAUAGACCCAAGUUCUGCUCUUGGGGUCACCUUAUUUAUACUUCCAUUCCCCACACAGAGAUGGGUCUUUUAGAGGUUCUAACGCUGUAGUAAGUUUCUAGGAUGCCCAGUACCAUCAAGUAGGCUACACACUGAGCAGGGAAAACUUUUUUAUGAUGGUCCAAGCUCACCCAGGAAAUCUCAGAGUGAUGGAUGGUUAUCUAGAGGAUACUGAGAUUUUUUUUAAAGGUGCUUUUCUAUUAGCCCUUUCAUGUGCUCAGUUCUUUAAAAUUGUUGGAGAUUCCAUGCGUUCUUGUAACAACUUGCCUUUUAAAUAUUUGGUUCUAAAAUGUAAAACCCAGUUAGGUGACAUAUACUAUAUUGAUAGAUCGAUCGAUCGAUAGAUAUUUGCUAAAUUCUGAGUAUUACUGGUAUGAUAAACUUGGUCAUAGGACAUCUGAGGGUUAGCCAGGUCCACAGGGAAAAUGUGACUUAUAUGUGUAAUUCUACAUUUAUGUGCCCGUGUGCCUAUAUGUGCUUGUGUGUAAAUGUAUGGAGAUAUAUACUGGAGGUAGAAUGAAUGCUGACCAGGCCCAUGCUUAUUGUGAUAACUCCCCAUUUCCUGAUCUCCAUGCCCUCUUCGUGGGCGGAGCAGCGUUCUUUAUCAUUUUCCAGACAGAGGACCCAUCCAACCUGGGGCAAUUCUAUGACUAUCCCAUGGCGCUGUUCAGCACCUUUGAGCUUUUCCUCACCAUCAUCGAUGGGCCUGCCAACUAUGAUGUGAACUUGCCCUACAUGUUCAGCAUCGUCUACUUUGCCUUUGCCAUCAUCGCCACACUGCUUAUGCUCAACCUGUUCAUCGCCAUGAUGGGCGACACACACUGGCGGGUGGCCCAUGAACAGGACGAGCUCUGGAGGGCCCAGGUCGUGGCCACCACGGUGAUGCUGGAGAGGAAGAUGCCUCGCACCCUGUGGCCUCGCUCCGGCAUCUGUGGGUACAAGUACGGGCUGGGGGACCGCUGGUUCCUGCGAGUUGAGACCAACCAAGAUCAGAAUGCUUUGCGAGUACGUCGCUAUGUGGAAGCUUUCAAGGGCUCAGACAAGGAGGAAGAACAUGAGCAUCUUUCUGAGAAACAGCCCUCUGUGGUUGAAAGUGGGAUUCUAGCCAGAGCCUCCCUGGCCCUCCCGACUCCCUCCCUGUCCCGGACCACAUCUCGAAGCAGCAGCAGUCACCGAGGCUGGGAGAUCAUUCGUCGCAACACCCUGGGACACUUGAAUCUUGGACUGGACCUUGGGGAGGGGGAUGGAGAGGAAAGUGUCUAUCACAUAUGAUUAGGACCCCUGUUACUCUCCUCCCGACUCCAGGUAGGCCUGCGGGGGGCAGAGAGAGAGACACUGCCUAUGCAAGCAUCUGACCUUCAUGCGCAUUAAUCCUGGGAGGGUGGACAGAAUAAUUCUUAAAGACCAUCCAUGCCUUGCCCUUCACAUCAGCAUCUAGGGAUGAGCAAAGGGCCCCACAUAUCUUCUGUCUUCUUGGAAGUCCCACAUCUUGGGAAAAGAGGGUAUCUUUUCAAGCAAAGUUAGACUUGGCAACUAAAGACACGAGGUAGGGGUGCUAGGCCAGUAACUGGGUCAUCUCCCUUUCUACCCCAUGAGGCACUAGAUUGUAAGCUGUGAAUCCUCCCUGGUUCCACAGGGCUUCAUGUGGGAAGAGCCAGGCAUGGCAUUGAGGUUGUAGCCUCUCGCCUCUUCUUGUACCCUAUAGGACUCCCUCCCCACCUACCAACCAAACCCCAACUAGAAAACUGCAAGAAAAAAGGUUCUUUAUCCUUCCUUUAUUUAAAAAAAAAUGCACUGUGAUAUACAUAACAUAAAAUUUACUAUUUUAACCAUUUUUAGGUGUACCAUUCAGUGGCAUUAAGUACAUUCACAUUGUUGGGCAACCAUCACCACUGUUCAUCUAGGGAAUUUUUUAAACUGAAACUCUUGUACCCAUUAAACAUUAACACCCCAUUAUCCCCUCCCCAUGGUCCCUGAUAACCAAUAUUCUACUUUCUGUCUAUGAAUUUAACUACUCUAGUUACCUCAUAUAAGUGGAAUCAUCCAAUAUUAGUCCUACUGUGCCUGGCUUAUUUGAUGUAGCAUAAUGUUUUCAAGAUUCAUCCAUGCUGUAGCAUGAGUCAGAAUUUCAUUCCUUUUAAAGGUCAAAUAACAUUUCAUUGUAUGUAUAUUCCACAUUGUGUUUAUCCAUUCAUCCACUGAUGGACGAUUGGGUUGCUUCCACCUUUGGCUAUUGUAAUGCUGCUAUGAACAUUGGUAUACAAUUAUCUGUUCAAGUUCCUGCUUUCGAUUUCUUUGGGUGUAUGACUAGAAGCAGAUGGCUAGAUCUUAUGGCAAGUCUACGUUUAAUUUUUUUGAGGAACUGCCAUACUGUUUCCCACAGCAGUUGUACUGUUGUAUGUUUCCUCAGGCAAGGCACAGGGUUCCGGUUUCUCCACAUCUUCACCAACACGUUACUUUCUGAUUCUUUGAUAAUAGCCAUCCUUUUGGUUAGGAAGUGGUAUCUCAUUGUGGUUUUAAUUUGCAUUUCCCUGACGACUAACAACAUUGAACAUCUUUUCAUGUGCCUAUUGGCCAUUUGCAUAUCUUCUGUCUUGAAGAAAUGUCUAUUCAAGUCCUUUACCCAUUUUUGAAUUGUUUCGGGGUUUUUUUGGUUGUUAUUUUUGGGUUGUCUUAUCCUUGUUUUUUGAGACUUGGAGUCUGAAGUGUUUGUAUCUCAUUUGCAUCCUGGUGUGUUUUUAAAUAUGUGAGGUAAAUUAUUCCUUUCUAUGCUUGGAUGGCCCCAUCAUUUGUUUUAUGAGACCAUCCCUGGCCUGUGUCUCUGGUUGUCUGUUAGCAGCUGUUCAUCCUUGCCUCUGGAGGUAACAGGCUCCCAACCAUGUUUCCUGCAACAGCCAUCCUCCACCCCCAUCUCCCUUUGUCCCUGUGCUGAGCUGUGGGGUAGACAGCAAUAAUAGAGCCCGGGCCAUCCCUUUCCAGGAAGGAAAUUGGAAACUAGGUGUCCAGGGUACCCAUUACAGCCUCGCUUUGGCCUCCAGCCCUUCUCAUCCCAGCCCUGACAUCACCCUGACCAUAAUGCCAUGACAACUCUUAAGAGGACUGUGGUCUGGAAUGGCAAAAAGGUAAGUGGGAUUUGCAGCACCACAGACAGGUUCAUCCAGAUACUCAUGCAAGGCACAAAUGAGUGCAGAACAGUGGGGGAUCACACACACACACGCACACACACACACACACAUAUAUACACACACACACACACACAGGUGGUAUGGUUUCUAAGCGUGCUCAGCAUGACUCCUCUAAUCUUCUUUCACAGUGGAAACUCUCCUUCUCCUGUGUAAAGCUAAACUCCCAUCUGUGUUCCAGAUGCAGUUUUCUUUCUGUCUCUUCAGGCAGCUCUGUCUAUCACUGUGUCCUGUAACUCCUCUCACUCUUGUGUCUUCAGCCUCUGUCUCUCUCCCCUAACGAUGCUAGUCAGCAAUUAACCAUGCUCUGCUCUUUCCCACCUGCAAAGACAUUGUAAUCGCCCUCCCUCAACUCCCAUUUCUCUUUUCAGCUCCUGCCCUAUCUUUUUACUCCCUCUUCAGGGCCAAACUUCUUAAGAGAAGACCCUAUUGUCUGCUGACCUCUCACUGAGUCCUCACCCCAUUGUGAACUGACCUUGUCUCUCCUUGAUGCUAGUGAUAGCACUCGCAUCAAGGUAAUCUACCUGUAGCUAACCCCACUGAGCAAUCAGAGUCUUGCGCAAACUCCGUAGCGUUCAGAUGCUAGUGGACCACUCACCUCUUCUCAGCACGUGCCUAGUGCCACGUACGCCUCCUACUUUGCCUGCUUCUCUUCUAUCCAUCCCUUAAAUAAUUUUGGUCCACGAGGCUCUCUGUUUUCCUCACCUGGAACCUGGGAAGUUCCAGCUGCCUCCGUAGACGGUAUUGACACACACACACACAUUCAUGAUUCCCGACUCCUUACCUUCACUUUAGAUCUGUCUCCUGAGCUCCAGGCAUGAACAGCUUGGAUGCCUAUCAUUUAGACAGCUCUACCUGGAUAUUUUACAGACAUCUGGAACUCAGCACGUCCCAAACUGAACAGCUUUUCUUCCUCACCAAACCCACUCCUCCACCAGUGUUUCCAACCAAAUAAGUAGGCAAAAUUGCCCAAGCUCAAAUCUUAGGUGUCGUCCUCUACACACCUGUCUCAACUCUCAUAUGCAGUUAAUCUCAAGUCUCGUAGAUUCUAUAAAACAUCUCCCUUGAAAAAGAAUAACUUUUGAGUAGAUGAUACACCACAUGGUACAAAAUUCAAAGAGCACACAAGAUAUACAGAGAAAAAAACAUUCCUACCUCUGUUCCAGCCCCUCAUGUAUUCUCCCCAGGGACUCUCACAAACAAAAGUUUGUUAUCUAUCCUUCCAAAAAUACUCUAUGCAUAUCUGAGCAUACCUAUGUAUAUAUUCCUCUAAAAACACAUAUAAUAUAGUGCAACGUAUUAGAAAAACACUUCUUGCUUUUUUCACUUAAUAUGCUUUGAAGACUGUUUCAUUUGUCUCUACCUCUCCAGACCCUAUUGCUAUUCUUCCAAAAUGGGCCCCCAUCAUGUCCCACCUUAAUUCCAGGAGUGGGUUCCUCCCUGUGCUGUCUGCAUGCAGUCUUGGUUUUCUCCAAUCUAUCAGUCACACUAGAGCCACAAUGAUCUUUGUAAGAUGCAACUCCUGCCUCAACCUGUGAUCUUCUAGAAGCCCUUCCAUGAGCUGACACCUGGCAACCUCUCCUGGCCUUCUGUUUCACCAAGAUGAAUUAUUCAUUCCUCCUCUAUUUUCCUUCCUUUUGGCCUUCACAGUUUCUGGACCUUUCUACCUCUCUGCACCAUUCUCCCUUCCAUCUUUGUAACUUCUAUUCAUCCUAUUAGUCUCAGCUUAACAAUCGUAUAUUGUGUUUGUGUGUGUUUUGGGGGGUGGGGGGCCCUGACCCAUAGGCUAGGUUGGAGUCUGCCUCUUCUGUUUCCAGGCCACCUAUAAUUUCUUCUUAUUAUACACCCUGCACUUUAUUGUACUUACUUGUUUAAAUGUCUGUUUUCCUUAACAGACUGUAAGCUCCACAAAGGAGAAUGUGAUACCCAUCUUAUUCAUCUCUGUGUUCCCAGUGCUUGGCAUGAUUCCUGGUACAAUGUAGUGGGUAAUAAAUAUUCAUUAACUGAA